AUGUCACAGGACGGCAAGGGUUUUUGCUCUCCAUCCCUUGCCCUGGGCCAGGCCCAUCAGCUGGCUGAGCUGGAGCCGCAGGUGGUGUGUGAUCCACCGCUUGAGGAAGGGGGGCGGCGCGCACGGAAGAGGAAGCGCCCUGCGGAGCUUGAGCAGCUACAGCGGCAGAUGCAGUCUAUGCAGGAUACCCUUCAGGAGCUGGUGCAUGCACAGCGUCCUUUAGGGCUGCACACCAUGACCAGGCCAGAUCCUGGGGACUUGGAUAGGGAUCCAGAUGUGCUCUCUAUUGCAGCCUCUGACAGUUUGGAAGGUCUCAGGAAGUACCUCCGUUUUUUCUUUCAAGGCAACGCCUACGAGUACAACGUCCUCCCAUUCGGCCUGUCCUUGUCUCCUCGCACCUUCACAAAGUGCAUGGAGGCAGCGCUGACCCAUUUGCGUCGCCAGGGGAUUCAUAUCUUGAAUUACCUGGACGACUGGUUGAUUUGCUCCCCAACCGAGCAUCAGGCUCAGCUCGACACUAUGACAGUGUCGAGCCUCCUCGAGAACCUGGGGCUGGCUGUAAACGGGGAGAAGAGUUGUCUUGUUCCAUCCCAGCGGGUGGAAUAUUUAGGUUUGGUUCUGGAUUCGGCCUUGCUCAGAGCUGUCCUGACCCAGAAGAGAACAGUGGUGCUGAUGGAGAGCUUGUCACAGUUAACUGUGGGCAAGCACAUUACAGUGAAGUGUGCCCGGAGGCUGUUGGGCCUCAUGGCAGCAGCAUCCCAGGUGGUGCCCCUAGGGUUGCUUCACAUGAGGCCUCUGCAGCGUUGGCUUGCCAGGCACAGAGUGAGCCCCCACGAGGAUAGCCUGAGGGCUAUCCCGGUGUCCUCGACUUGUCUUCCGGCAGUGGCAUGGUGGACCACUGCCCUGGGCCUCAGGGAAGGUGUCCCGUUGGGCCCGGUGUGUUCAAGGGUGACCAUAACUACGGACGCCUCAGAGGCAGGCUGGGGGGCCCUAUGGAGGGGUACUCACAUCAACCUGCUCGAACUGGAGGCAGUGUAUCGGGCCUUGGUGCGUUUCCUUCUGGUAAUUCGGGGGAAGCAUGUGUUGGUUCGCACCGACAAUUCAACCGUGGUCGCUUACAUCAACCACCAAGGGGGGCUGUGGUCAAGGUCCCUGCACGACUGGACGCACAAAAUCCUCCUCUGGGCUCAUGCUCAGGGUAUGUCCCUGAAAGCCCUCUACUUGCCAGGAGUGGCGAAUGUGGCAGCAGAUCUCCUGUCCAGGUGCGGCCCCCGGCCAGGGGAGUGGCGACUUCACCCACAGGUUGUGAAGGCCAUUUGGGCUCGGUUUGGGAGGGCCCAGGUAGACCUCUUUGCCUCACAGGAGACCACUCAUUGCCCGCUGUGGUACUCCAUAGCGGGUCCGGUGGGGACUUUUGGGGUGGACGCUAUUGCACAUAAGUGGCCCCAGGGUCUGUUGUAUGCUUUUCCCCCCUUUCCACUCAUACCAGUGGUAUUGGCCAGGGUAGAGAUGAUGGACGCCAGGGUUCUGCUUGUGGCCCCGAACUGGCCACAUCAGCCGUGGAUGGCGACCUUGCAGAGGCUGUUGGCAGGGACCCCUUGGUGCCUCCCAGUCAGGCCAGACAUGCUGUCACAGGCUCGGGGAGAGCUCUGGCACCGGAAUCCGGGAGUUUACAGGUUACAUGCCUGGCCCUUGGACGGGAGCCGCCCUGCGGCUUGA